UCGCUGUUCCAACUUGUAAGCUGUCAAGAAACUUACGCAAGUUUUGUUUUAUUUUCCAGGAAAAAUGACAACAUUAUUUACCAAAAUCCGUGUUCAACUGUUUUUUUUAUAAGACGGAGUGAUUAUCCAAGAGAACAACAGGCUUAAACCCUUAAACUCGGGACUAACUUCCGGCUCGAGCCAAAGGUCACACUAAAAGUGAGGCUGCGAGCGGGAAGGAGCAAAAAUUAAAAAAUGGAGAAGUACGAAAACCAGGGUUUAGUGGGAGAGGGUAGUUAUGGGAUGGUACUCAAGUGUAAACACAAGGAGACUGGGCAACUAGUGGCCAUCAAGAAGUUCUUGGAGAGUGAGGACGAUAAAAUGGUGAAGAAGAUUGCGCUGCGAGAAGUCCGUAUGCUAAAGCAACUGCGUCACGACAACUUGGUAAAUCUUCUAGAAGUGUUUCGGCGUAAGAAGCGGCUGUACCUCGUGUUCGAGUUUGUCGAUCACACAGUACUUGACGAGCUAGAAAAAUGUCCAAAUGGUCUCGAUGAGACGACAUGUCGUAAAAUACUUUGGCAGGUUCUCAAAGGCAUCGAGUUUUGCCAUCAUAAUAAUAUAAUUCACAGAGACAUCAAGCCAGAAAAUAUCCUAGUCAGUAAGAACGGCGUGGUGAAGUUGUGCGACUUUGGGUUUGCACGAACUCUCGCUCAGCCUGGGGAGAUAUACACAGACUAUGUGGCUACACGCUGGUACAGGGCCCCUGAAUUACUUGUGGGGGACACGAAAUACGGCAAGGCAGUAGAUGUGUGGGCAGUUGGCUGUCUUCUGGUGGAGAUGUUGACAGGUGAACCCUUGUUUCCCGGGGACUCUGAUAUUGACCAGCUCUACCACAUUGUUAAAGUGUUUGGUAAUUUAACGGCCCGACAUAAGGAAGUGUUUCUGCGAAAUCCCCUGUUUGUUGGGAUGAGAUUGCCAGAAGUAAGGGAGGUGACACCUCUUGAGAAAAAGUUCACAAGAAUGUCACAGUUCUCAUUAGCACUUAUAAAGGUUUGUCUGAGACUUGACCCGGAUGACCGACCCGUGUGUUCUGAACUUCUAAAGCACGAGUUCUUCACGAGAGAUGGCUUCGCACAGAAAUUUUCUCAUGACCUUAAGGCGAGACUCACGAAGGAACAAGAGAAAAACGCUCUGCUUCAUUCUAUCGUUCAUGAUAAAGAUGACGAUGGUGAUAACAAUAAAGCCGUGAAAAAGAAGAAGAAGCCCCUUAUUAAGAAAGUUGAGGCACACUCUAAGGUGGAAAGCAAUAAAGCUAGCUCAAAUAAAGAUGAAAAACACAGCUCAGAGGACAAAUCAAAACAGAAAGGUUCUGACACGGACAAAGGUGCGAGUAAAAAAGUAACCCCGCCUUCAACAACGAAUAAAUCAAAUGCACUAAUGACGUCGGACAAUAGUAAACAAAAAAACAGUCUAGUUAACGGAGACUCGACACCAGUCGAUAAACGAAGCAACUCUUUGGACAAAACAGACGGUAAAACUGUAAAAAUUCCGAAAGUUGAAACAAAAACUGAUAAGUCAGAAAAAGAACGCAGUUCAUGUGAAAAGACCGAUAGAGACUUAACUAGGAUAGAGCUUAAAGAAAAGACUAAGCUUGAAUUGAAACAUGAGAAGUAUGAAAAGUCAGACAGGGAAAAAGAUAGUUUAGAAAAUCGAAGUGACAGUAGGCUCGAUAAAAUCGAUAAAAUGGAAACUAGUGUAGAUAGAAACAAAGGUGCUGAUUCACGAUUGGAGAUGAGUAAGGAGAAAGGGGAUGUAAAAGUUGAGCGCGAAAAACGGGAAAAAUCGGACAAACUAGAAAACGAGAGGGAUGAGAGUCGGACGUCAAAAGAAAGGGAACGUGACAGGGAAAAGGAGAAUAUUAUGUCGUUUAAAGAUUCGUCGACGAUUCCACCCAUCAACCCCUCGGGUCAUGGCUUGCAUAGUAUGAAUAACACGCCCACCAUUCCGUCACUUACCAGAAUAUCAAUCUUUUUAAACAACAGCAGUCCUAACAUGAUGAACUCAAAUAUGACUCCCCACCCCCAUAUUUUUGCUCCGCCCGUAAACAAUAUGACCGCGACCCAGAGUCCCCGUGGGGCGGUGACCCCUUAUUCGGGGGCUAUGCCCUUGAGGACAUCAUCAUUUAGAAGUCCUGAAGGAAAGCCUUAUUCCUGGCAAGCAUACUGGAAUUUUUCUAAGGUUAACGAUAAGAUGUUAAAAAAGCAGGCAAACUACAAAAAAGCUCCCCCAAACCAUCACAGUGUCCUGAUAAGCCCGCAGCCACUUCAGUCCGAGAAGAGCCACCUACACGAUAAGUCGCUUGAGAAAUUACGCACACAAAAAAGGGAGACAACUUUGUUUGAUGUUAGAAGAGACAAAGAGAUGAUAAGCUUUCCUGAAGUGCGAGGAGCAGAAGCGUCGUCUUUGAAAGUGAAAAGCAAGACGCAGACAUUGUCACGUUCGAAUGUCGCGACAAUCCCUCAUAUAACAAACAUCGACCCGUUCCCCAGUAGUAGCCAGGUGGAAACCCACACUUCAGAAAAAAGCAACGAGAACAACUUACCCUCAGUAUGAUGACACGUCUGCUUCCUCCCGGUCUGAGGCGGGAGUUACCAUGACAUCAAAGGAACUGGAAGUAGAUUUUUCACCACAGGAAGUGAUGUCAAUAGAACAGGAAAUGAUGUCAUUGCAAGGAGAGGAAGUGACAUCGCAAAAACGGAAAUCUGAGAAAUCCGAUAGAGAACUGCACUAUAUUGUUCCAACAUUAGCGGUCUUUAAGCUAUGAGUUCAAUGGUGCCUGAUUUGAUAAUUAUUAAAGUUUAGAUGGCUUGAACAUUCAAAGGCUUGUCAAGGCAUGAGUGAUUUCCAAUUUAAGUCUCUUCCUGGCAUGUUUAAAACUCCCAGCAACACCAUAAAAAAGGGAUAAUACCAAUACAGCUCCAUAUUAAUUGUUUCAAAAGGAGCAUACCCUAUUUGACUGUAAUUCGUUCAAUGUGAAUUUCUUGAAUCUUAUUUGUUUUUCGAGGAAGUAGGUGUACACUAGAAUUAUGUAUGAAAAUAAAAACAUUGUAUUUUCGAAUUAUAAGUCAUUGAAGAUUUGACUUAUUGGACUCAGUCAAGAAGAUAAUGGUAUGAUAAUGAAGUAUGCCAUUUCAUAUGUGUUAAUAAAAAAGUACAUUAAAGGGUUUCGUUCACAGCUUUUAUAUUAGGGACAAUUUUUUAAAGACUUUGAUGAUUCACAAACACCAAACUUUAACUUGCAGAUAGGGAGGGGAACUAAGACAUGUGUUUGUAUAAAACAAUGUGAUGCUUUUAUCUUAAAGCUGCACUCUCACACAUUUACCAUUUUUACAACUGUUUUAUUUUUUGUCAUGGAAAGAGCAAAUUUUUGCGUAAAUAUCUGCAAACCAAUGAUAUAAGAUUGCUGACAAAAGAUCCGAUUCCAGAUUUUCUUAUUUCCGUUUGAAAAUUAAUGUUUUAUGGCUUAAACCGUUACUAACGGUUUAAGAAAAAUGCAUAAAACAUCAAUUUUUGAACUUUAAUAUAAAAAUCUGCGAUCUAAUUUUUGUCAGUAGUCUUUUAUAACUGGUGUUCAUCGAUUUCCGCAAAAAUUUGGCUUGUUUCAAGACAAAAAAUAGAAAAGUUGUCAAAACGUUCAAUCUGUGAGAGUGCAACUUUAAUGUUUUACCUUCUUAAAAUAAAGUUAUUAUUAUUAUUAUCAUUAUUGUACCAGAAGCCUAAAAAUGUUCAAUUAAAACAUUACAAAUGCUUUCGGCAAAAUAUAGCAUUUUAUGUCAUUUUUUUCGAAAUCUGAUAAAAAAUAGACCUGUUAAUUGAACUUGCGGUAAUGCUUUGUCAUCGUUGCAAGUAUUUUAUUCACGUUUCAUACUAUAUAUAUUGUUCGAUGUCUGAACCAUAAUGAAUCCCUUUUUUUUAUUUUACUGUUAUGGUGUUUUUUUACCAUUUAUUAUAUAAGUGUGCAUUUGACCUUGAGAGUUGCAUUUUAGAAUUGCAUUUAUUUUGUUUUUCCUUAAUAAGAGAUUUGUUAGAUAUUUUGAAUAUCUCACCCCGAAAAUACUUGACACAAAAAAAAUGAAACUUUUCAAGAUAUUCAAACUACACUUGGUAUAAAUGUGUGUCGACAAUACGCUCCUGUAAAGCAAUAAAGCAAGCCCCAUAACUCUGGCCUCAAUAAGAGAUUUGUUGAUUUUUUUGUUAUCUUCAAAAAAUACUUUAAACAAAAAAAUAAACCUUCAAGAUAUUCGUACAAACACGUUGUUGCCAGAGACAAUACGCUCAUGUAUAAUAAGGCCCAUAACUCUGGCCUUAGCAAUUCUUGAGUUAUGUCCCUUAUUCAACUGAAAACAACAGGCAAGCGCUGGUGUUCCCUUUUCACAUCUCUAGUAUUACAAGUAUUUGUUUUAUGCUUUCAUUCAGUAUUAAAUUAUGAAGAAAUCCAUGAAAAAAGUAAUUUUCAAAAAUUAUCGUUUUUGCAUGGAAAUUGUGAAAAAUUGUUUUUUUAUGUUUAUUAGAUAUGAAAUUAAAAGAAAGACAGGGUUUUCUAGCAUAAAAACGAAUACAAGAAAAUAUUAUUGUCUGUAGCAUAAUAACCAAUGAUCAGUAUUGUGAUUUUUCUUGUCGUGCAAUGAUCAUUUUUGGUAGAGUCAUUGUGUUUUAUUUUGCUUAGAAUCAUAUUGAAUAGAAUUGAGUUACAUAAAUUUAGUGAAAGAAAAUUCAUAGUGUGCCAAUUUAUUAUUAUAACAAAACUUUUAAUGAGUACUUAGGCACGUGUGCAUGAUCUAAAUCACGAGGCUUGCGUGUAACGUUACUGUUUUUUCAUGGACACAAGCAUGUUGUCAUGGACAAAGUUUAAAAAAAUAGUGUGCAGUAAAAAAAAAUAGUGUGCGGUAUAAUUGAAUAUUAUUGUAAUUUAUCCGCAGGGUAGUUAUGUAAUGGUUACUCCUAUUCAACUUGUAACCACUCCGAUAUUUGAGUUAAUGUCUACACCUAAUAAAAUACUCUCGCACAUGGUACAUAUGCAUUUUACAAAAUGUUAAUGUGCUUUAAUUUGUGUAUAUGUUAAAGAACAGGUUUAAUGAUUAUUGAAAAUGUUUUAUUGUUGAUUCUUUUAUUCAAUUAAAUGUUUCAAAUUAUAUCUGGAGAGCAGUAACUGUUGCAAUGUAAUUGUUUUAAGAAUUAUAUAUAGUAGUUUAAAUCUAUUUUUAUGUAUAUAAGUUAGAGUAAACAUUCAAUUUAUUAAAGCAAUAUUUAGUACAUUAGUUAUGACUUGUGUUUAAAAUACUGCAGUGACUAUCGAUGUGUGUGUAGGGUUUAUAUAUAUAUAUAUAACUAAAUCAUUUUCCUUAUUUUACUAUUGCACUUGUCAUAUGAAAUAAUUUCCUUAUAAUGUAAAAAAAUAUAUGUUCACAGCCUUGAAUAAAAUUUCAUGCUUUAAUGUUAAACAAACAAUUAUAAAUGUCUUUUAAUUUGAUUACAAGAUUGUAAGAAUUGUAUGAAUUGACUUAUGAAUACUGGCCCCAAUUUCUUGAAACUUCUUAAGCUUAACAGGCUUAAGUCGCAUAUUUCAAUUAGCCAAAAUACACACUAAUAAUGGAUUUUGAUAAAUGAAAAAUGUUUUUUUUUUCUAAUUAGCAUACAGAUUUUUCUUAUAUAAUUUAUAAAAACUCUUAAAGAAGUAAAUACAGUGCAUAUAGAACAACAAAAAUAGUGAGUUUAGGUUAAUCCUGUUAUAAGGGACUUAAGAAGUUUCGAGAAAUUGGGACCUGAUCCUGUAGUCUUACCUAAACCAUAUUUUACCCUAAUGGAGUCAAAUUGACUUGCACACAUUUGAAACAUGUUUGUUCAUAUAAGGAGUGAAAUGUGUAAGAUUACAAUCACCUAAUGUUACCGAACCAAUAAAGGCUCGCCCGCUUGGUCUUGAUUCUUUGCAUUAUUAUAUACCGAACAUGAGCAAAAGUUAUCAUCCUUUAAAGGGGCUUGACACCAUAUGACACAAUUGCAAGAAAAAAAGAAAAUUGUCAGAACCUAACAUCAAAUUGACAUUAUUGUGUACAAUGCAUUGAAUCUUAUUUACUGAUGUAUCACAUCUCUUACGACACAUGCAUCUUUCACAGUUUUAGCGCAUUUUUCCAAUUCAAAAUUUACUAGGGUUGUCUACCACAUAAAUCCCAACGUAGGUAUAUUUAUCUGUACUCAUAAAAUUUUAAAAGGGGAAAAACAUAUGACACAGCAACAUGUUGUUGUGUUUAUGAUUUUAACCAUGUAAAAUGAUGUAUUGAUUUUUAACCACCUGGUGUCUAGCCCCUUUAAGAACUGGCUCUACCAUGGUUUGUCUCUCAUUAUACAUGUAUAAUACUAAUAUAUAUAUAUAUAUCUUGGUGCCUUUAUCUUUAACAUGUGAUAUCUUGUACAUACCACUGUAUAUCGUUGUUUUCCAUUGAAAACCUGAGGCCCCUAUUUCUUGAACAAUCUUAAGACCCUUAUUAAUCAGGAUCAACCAUAGCACACUGUUUUUGUUUUGGUAUUAUUUGUGAAAUAUAUUCAUUUCAAGGGCUCUCAGACUUUUAAGGAAAUUAAGUCGAAGACAACUGUAAUUUACCAUUUUCUGUUUGUUUUAAUCAUUUUAAGUUAAAAAUAUAUUUAAUUGAAAUAAGAUAGUAAUUGACAUAAGCUUCUAAGAGUGUUCAAGGAAUUCGGACUGGAAGGGCUCAACAGCCUUCUAAUUUCAUAUGCUGAAGUCAAUAAUGGAUGAUGUGUUGUUGUGUUACCAUUGAGAGCCAGAAAGGCUUAUCAGCCAUCUUAUUUUAUAUGCUGAAAUUCUGUUUUGGCAGUCAAUUUGGAUGAUGUGUUGGUGUUUACCAUUUAGAGCCAGAAAGGCCUAUCAGCCGUCUUGUUUCACAUGCUGAAAAGCUGUUUUGGCAAUCUGAAUGGAUGAUGUGUUUUUUGUUGACCAUUGCAUUACAAAUAUUCCUUAAAAAAGAUGUUUGUUUAUUUAUACAAGUAGCCUACUUCAACUGGGAUCAGUAUUUUAAUGUAACAUACUCAGUAAAUAUGUGUACAUACAAUUAUAUCAUUUUGUUUUUGUUUUGAAUACUGCAUUCUCAAUUUGAAGUGAUAUAUCUUCUGUGAUUUUUGCAAUAUUGAUUCAAAAUGCCUAUUAUUAAUAAAAAAUCAUUAGUGUAUGCUUGUCUAUAGUUUAUAAAGAUUUAUCAGUGAAAUGAAAAUUAUGGUUAACCUUUUCACUGUUUAGAAAUUAAGCCCACUCUUAUGUCCAAAUCCAGUUCGCACUGGAGCACUGGGAUUCAUUUUCCUUAUAAUGUUUGCAUACAAUUCAGCUUUUACAUUCAACAUUUAGGCAUAUAUCUUGAUUGCUAUCUUACUCAGAAACAGACAAUUGUUCUCUGUUUAUUGCCGUGCACUAAAUGAUUAAGCCUCUUACAUUAUGACAAAUUGUGCAAAAAGAUUGAAAACCACUUUAAAAGAUAGCCAGAUUUUGUCUAUUUAAAUGUUGUGUGCAUUUUAGCCUUUCUAAUAAAAGGUCUCUGAGUUCCAGAUAUUAUACUAAGGAAACUCUGCAAAUACGAUUAAACAUACAAAGGCUUUAAGAUGGUUCUGCAAGUAUUAUAAAGCAUACAGUUGACUUUUGGCUGAUCGUUCAGAACUUUGCUAAAGUUAACAACUUGAUUAACAAUAUUCUUGUUAACUUUUAUAUGUGGAAUAGUUGAUGUCAUCACAAAUUUAAAUAUUAACAAGUUCAGCUCAAACAGAUAGUGUAUCCAUUCAACUUUCAGAGCAGUAGUGAUUUUGAAGUUUACAAUGAUGAAGUUAAUGUUGUUAACUAUUGCAAAGUUCAGAAUAUUCAGCCCAUUAUCAGCUGUUGCCCUAACAAAAUCCUAUGUAAUAGUUAGUAACUGCUCCCACAACCCAUGUUAUUUCAAUCAUGAGGGUAGUGAUUGACUUGACUGUUUGAUACCAUGUUGUCAAGGACAACGUUCAAUAACCAGCCUGUAGUAUAAGUGAAUAACACUGUUAAUUAUCUGCUGGCUAGUUAUUGAACGAGUAUUUUUAACUCUGCCAUGUUGUUACUCUACUGAAAUGGGAGUUGAUGUAAAGAUAAAAACAAGGAAAACUCUUUCAGACAUGGUACAAUACCCUGUUAUUAUGCAAAGUUAAUACUUUAAAAUGUUUUAUUAUGGCUAUUUUACCUGUAAUCCUUCAAGGAUUAUAUUUUUAGUUCAUUGUGCCAAAUGCAGACGAUUGUUUUUAAAUGCUGCAAACUUUAGAAAAUUAGUGAAAAUGACAUAACAGUCAAAACUGGUUGGCUUGAUAUUGCUUGGCUCGAUUUCCUGGUUGGCUUAAACUUGAUAUAAAGGACCGAUUUUUUUUUUUUAAAUGCAAGGCUUGAAGUAUUGUGGCCGGUCCCUGGGAUAUCGAGCCAACAGUUUGGGCUGUAUUUAAAAUGGAAGAUUCCGAGAACGACAAAUUGGCUUUGCUCUUACAUAUACAUGUAUUUUCAUAAAAUUAAUCCCAAAUAUAGAUCUAAAGAAAGUUAAUAAAAGUCUUGCCAGUAUCACAGACCAUAGUGCCAUUGCAGUUAAUUAAUACUUUUUUUUGGCAAUUUAUUAUGUGACUAACUUCAGAAAAUGUGUAAUUAAAAAUUGUUCCCCAAAUCAUUCUUGUUUCAGAUUUUUGAUCUUGGAUUUAAGGUUCUUUGUUGUAUUAAUAUUUAUUUGUGUAUAAUUUUAUAUUUCCAUUUGUAAUUUGCUUAAGUGUUAUUAUGUGUACAUGUUGAAAUGAUAUCUUGUUGAUUAUUUAUAAAUAGCAUAUUUCUUUGAUAUCCUUGUGUUUAUGCAGAGUUCAGGGGCCGCGUAAAUAAAACUUCUUAAGUAAUUUCCUGACUUAAGUCAAUUUCCUAAGUAAAAUAUCUCACCGAUCAUAUGAUAUUGUUACUUUAUAAUAUCUAAAAUGCUGUAUUUUCUUUAAAUUUAUGCAACAGACAUACUUUUAUGUUAAAAACACUCAAACUCUUCCUUAAACAUCAAUAUGAAAAUUUAAGGAAUUUGACUUAAGUUAAGAAAUUGCUUAAGAUGUUUUAUGAAUUUCGGCUCUGUUUAUUACCAUUUCUAUACUUGUUGUUCAAAACUCUUUGUAACUGUUGAAUGCUCAAAUUUGUUUGUUAGAUUAUUAUGUAAAAUAAUUGUCAUUUGUUUUAUUGUCUAAAACAAAUUUUGAACAUUC